CGAAUGGCACACCCCUUCUCAUGUGUUGAUCAACCUUUGCCUGGAACUUUAGUAAAAGAAAGUGAAAGCAGCAUAAAGCUUCACUCUCUCAGCAAAACACUUGCUAUCGGUUGAUUCUCCUUGUUUGUCAGCACCAUGGGCAAGAUUUACCAGUUAACAGUUGUUGGAAUACAAGGGGAAAAGAAAACUGUUGAUGUUGCAACUACAGAAGAGGACUUCAACAACACGACUGUUCUUGUGUUCAAGAAGAAACUCAUCGAGAAGCUGCCAGGAAACAUAGACCCUUCUGAGCUUCGGGUUCUGUAUGCAUCCAAGCAGCUGGAGGACAAUGACAAACUGUCUGAUCAUGGAAUAAAGGAUAAAUCCACGCUCAUGCUCGUACUACGCCUGCAUGGAGGAUGGACACAUAUGGACUCACUAUGAAGUUACAAAUGUAGUAACCUAGGCUACUGUGUGCCAUGUACUGUAAUAUUGUAAAAUACUGUAGUUCUUGUAUGUGCCUUUGGCAGACUGGGCCAUUUCACCCCUUUAAAAAGUUAAAAAUGACCAGAAAUGGAUGUAGGGAUGUGGGAAUAGAAUAAAGCUGCCUCUCAUCUGGAUGUUUAGUGAUGAAUGUCUAGCUUGCACACUACACCAGUUUAUGAGUCAGAUGUCAACUGUAUAUUUAUCUCACUAAACAACCAUGUAAUGUUUUUGUACAUAAAUAAUGUCAAACGCU